CUUGCUAACAACAGCUGCAUGGCGUUAGCUUGCCUUGGAGUUCUCGCCCUGUCAAUGCAGAGCUCCUAGCUCGUGUGGACCGAGGCUCAAUACCUUCGGGUUAUCCUCGUUCCGCAAAGCUACAAGAUAUUAUAAUUAACCAGUAACUUCCCUGUCGCUUCUACACAAACUCUCCCUGGCUUCGCGUCUCUUGUUGCUCUGCGUCGGUUGUGAAAGGCAGUUGCCAAGUCAAGUAUGUCUGGAGUCAAACGCAAAAUUGAAGAUGUUGACCCAGACUAUGAAGAGGUAUCCCAAGUUAGGGAGAAUAAGAGGAGCAAAGUCGUGGAACAGAAUGCACGGGAGGCAACGGUGCAUAAAAUGGAAGCCAUAAUCAAAGACCAGUUCACCAUGGAGAUGAAGAAUAAAGAGCAUGAGAUUGAAGUGAUCACUCAGCGUCUUAAUGAAGCUCGGCGGAUGAUGGACAAGCUGAGGGCCUGCAUCGUGGCUAACUAUUACGCUAAUGCAGGCCAGCCCAAAGCCCCAGAGACGACGUCGAGGAGUAGCACCUCGGUGCUGAACCACCCGGCCAUAAAGCGUUUCCUGGAGCCGCCAUCUCGCUCCUCGUCCCCUCUCAACCAGGGAUCGGAGGCCGCGUCGAUCGGACCCUCGGACAGCGAGGCCCUGGCGCAACAUCCUUCCGGUAGCCACGGCGACCGCGAUGGAACGUUGAGGGAGGUGGGCGGCAGCACCGAACGCCGGCCAGGAAGAAACACGGGCAAGGACACGUUUGGGGUACCCUCGUCCGCCGCGGUCGCCGCCGCCCCAGAGCCCCAUGUCACCCAUCACUCGGCUGGGGACGAGGGCUCACGCCUCUACGUCAAGAAGACCAUUGUUGUGGGAAACGUCUCCAAGUACAUAGCCCCGGACAAGAGGGAGGAGAAUGACCAGUCCACCCACAAGUGGAUGGUCUACGUCAGAGGCUCCAGGAAGGAGCCGACCAUUGACCACUUUGUGAGGAAGGUGUGGUUCUUCCUGCACCCCAGCUACCGGCCCAAUGACCUCGUGGAAGUCAGUGAGCCUCCUUUCCACCUGACGAGGCGCGGCUGGGGGGAGUUUCCGGUGCGGGUUCAGAUCCACUUCAAGGACACGCGGAACAAACGCAUCGACAUCAUACACAACCUAAAGCUCGACCGAACGUACACAGGACUGCAGACACUGGGAGCGGAGACGGUGGUGGAUGUGGAACUCCACCGCAGUUCGCUCGGCCAAGACUUCCUGCCUAAGCCCCUCCCCUCUUCCUCCUCCGCCUCUUCCUCCUCCGCGUCCUCCGGUUCCUCCAAGGGCUCGUGUAUGGUCCCCUCCUCCCAUGGUGCCCACUCCGUCUCCGGUCACCUCUCCACGGCCUCCCCCAGCCCCCUCUCUCAGGAUGCCCUGCUCGGCCUGGAGAAAGGCGUGGCCGUCAAGACGGAGUCGGGUCGCACCCCGUGCUCCGAGCGGACGACGUCGCGCCCCAAGCUGCUGACCGAGAAGAUCACGCUCGGUUCCCACGGCAACUCGGCCUUCCAGCCGAUCACGGGCAGCUGCAAGAUCGUCCCGCAGCAGAGCCAGGCGCCGAGCCCCUCGGAGUCCCCCGGGAAGUCCUUCCAACCCAUCACCAUGAGCUGCAAGAUCGUGUCUGGAAAUCCUACAGCCAAGCAGUCUGUAGCGGCCCACGGCUCCAAACCCUCUGCCUCGAAAGUCCACACGGGCAGCCUCCUGUCGUCCGGAGUCAAGGUGAUUAUAAAGCAGGAGCCGGGGGAGGUUCCCACUCAACCUCAGCCGUCGCCACAGCAGCUCAUGGUCUCCACGGCAACGGCCCAGCAGCAACAUCAGUCGUCGCCAUCGGCGCAGCAGUUUGUGGCUGUGAAGGGAGGUCACGUGAUCACCAUGUCCCCCUCCCAGAAGCAAGGGGGCGUGGCAGCGGGCACUGGAGCCACACCCAGCAAGGUGCUGGGCAUCCCUGUGGGCUCUACGCUGCAGUCGGCCGUGAAGCAGGCGGCCCUCGGCAGCGGCCAGAUCCUCGUGGCCAAGUCCAGCCCUGCCGUCUCCAAGGUGAUGACCCAGAAGCAGGUGGUGGCGCAGGGCGUCGCCAAGGCGCUUGUAAGCGGCAGCGGUGGCGCGGCAGGCGGGGCCGGCGGGCAGCAGGUGCAUGCGGUAACCAAGGCAACCGGCGGGUCGUCAGGCGGCGGGAAGAGCGGAGUGAUGGCCACGUUGCAGCUGCCGGCUAACAACCUAGCCAACCUGGCCAGCCUCCCGCCGGGCACCAAGCUCUACCUCACCACCAACAGCAAGAACCCCUCUGGCAAGGGCAAGCUGCUGCUCAUACCCCAGGGAGCCAUCCUGAGGGCCACGGGUUCAGGUCAGCAGUCUCAGAGUGCAGCCUCGUCGGGCUCGGGGUCGUCUCAGUCCUCCUCGGGCAGCUCGUCUGGCUCCAGCCUCCCCUCCAACCUCUCCUGCACCUCCUACAUCCUCAAACAGACACCACAGGGCACGUUUCUGGUUGGCCAGCCCAGUGGUUCCGGAAAGCAGAGCUCAUCGGGCUCCUCUUCGGCUCACUCGGCAUCAGGCGCGGGCGGUACCAACCAGCAGUCCAUUCGGGUCACGCCGGGCCAGAAGGCAGCCAUCCUGGCCCAGGUGGUGGGCGGGUCGCAGUCCUCUCAGGUAAAGAUGUCGGACGGCUCGGUGAAGACGAUGACGUCGGCGUCUGCGGCGGCGGCUCACCUGUCUAAGCCGGGCAUGACCACGCUGAGGAUGGCAGGAGGCGUCAUCACCACCACCAGCACCCCCUCCUCCGCCCCUACCACCCCCACCCAACAGGCUGCAGAGGGCGCCAGAGUCCCCUCCUUCCCCGCCCCGGCGUCCUCACCCGCCUCCUCGUCCCCCUCCCCGAAGCCCUCGUCCCAGCAGCACCAGCUCCUGGUGGCAGCCAACCAGGCGGCCGUCAUCAGCGCCGCCAAGAACGCCAGCAACGCAGCCGCCGCCGCCGCCAUGGCUGCAGCCGCCGCUGCCGCAUCAGCUUCUGCAUCCUCCGCCGCCGCCACGUCCAAGACGACCACGGGUGGCACGGUGGUGAACGUUGCUAAGAGCGUGGCGGCCAACAUUCCGGUGAUCAGCCUGGGCAAGGGGCAGACGGGCCAGGCGGUGGUGAGCAUGCCCAAGAGCGCCAGCCCAUCGCUCGUUACCGCGGCGUCGCUGGUCGCUGGCAGUGGUGGGACGGUCAGUGGGAAGGCUGCAGCCACCCUGUCAGGCAUGUUGAAGCUGCAUGCGGGUCAGCAGAGCUCCCAGCCCACGGUGCUCACCAUCCCUGCCAACCAGCUGAAGCAGCUGAGCGUGGGCACGGGGCCCGGAGGGGUGCAGACCAUACUCAUGCCCGUGGGCAAAGUUAUGCCAUCCCCCCCAUCCGCACGUAAAGGACCCUCUACCACCACCACCACAACCAACAGUGCUACUACUACCCAAAAUGCACCAGCCGCCACCUCCACACCCAAAAUACCCAAUGUGAAGACAGAGCCGGGUGUGUACAGCUGCAGUGGUCCCGGUCGGAGGACGCCCACUUCCUCCUCCACCCCAGGCCCCGCCCCCACGCCCGCCACCGCCAGCAUCAAGGUGGAGCAGCGGUCAGAGUCUCCGCACGAGCUCAGCACCGAGUACAUUGAGAAUAUGACUCAGCUGUUGACAGCGGCGGUGAAGAAGUUUCCCCUCAUCGUGCCGGAGAAGAAUGAGGACUCUCAUCCGUUCUGUGCCACGUCUGUAGAACAGUAUUACACCUGGAACAUUGGCAAGCGGCGUGCAGCAGAGCUGCAGCGAGCGGUGGCUGUGAGGCGCAUGGUGCAGGACGCGCUGAAGAGGAUCCCCGCGCUGCAGCCUGUCACGCCGCCCAAGACACGUGAGGUCGCCCAGUGGUGCCGCCACCACGGUUACACGCCGCCCGAGCCCCGACGCACAGAGGAGUCCAUCGAGGACAUCCUCACGCAGAUCGACAACGAGCCAGAGUGUCCGUCGACGCUGCAGGACUGCGAGGAGCUGUGUCUGCGUGUGGAGCAGCUGCAGCAGCUGCUGAAGACGGAGGAGGAGGAGGACAGCGACGAGCCCCUGGACGUGGUGAGCGUCGCGCUUCCCUGCUCCUCUUCCUGCGCCUCCUCCUCCUCCUCCUCGUCCGCCGCGGGGCUCGGCGGCCCGCUGAACCCCAAAACGGAGCCGCAGGGGGGGCCCACUGAGCCCAGCUUUCACCUGGGGGCCGACCCCCCUCAGCAGUUCAUCAGGGACACCGCCGAACAGGUCGGGGUGACCUUCCAGCCUCUGGAGGUGGAGAAGAAUGUCUUUGCUCCCGUGCUUGAAGCCAUGAUCCUAAAGGCAACGGAGCAGUUUGCCAGUGAUGUCUUACGAGGCGCCUUGGCCAACGCCUACAUGAAGUCUACUCAGAACAGGCCUCCGCACGAGGUGUCUGUCAUGAACGUACACCAAUCGGUCUGCAGCAUUCCGUCAUGUGACUUCCUGACCAACCACCACAUGGGCUUCGAGAUCAAAGAGACUGACCAGACGGAAUGAGAGAGAGAGAGCGAGACCUGCCUUCGACUGAAACGCAUGCACACACCCCUUUGCUCUUACCCCUUGCAGACACAUACAGACGGGUGCAUGCACACACACACACACACACACACACACACACACACACACACACACACACACACACACACACACACACACACACCCUCUGCAAGACUUGACGGGGGUCAAAGAGCAAUUGAAGUGGCAGACACAGCAGCUGACCCGCAGACUCUUCCGCCAAGGGAGGGAUCAACGGUCAGGCGUCGGCCAUUUUUUUUUACUUUACGAAGUCGUUAUGAACUCGAGCAAACUGUAAUGACCAAUGAGAUCAGGGGUCAUGGGUCGUAUUCACUCUACUGUGGGCUGUUGGUUAAACUACACCUUAAAGCCUUUUUGGACUGCACCUGGACCUGGGCUGGAGCGGGUAGUACCAUGCAGAUACAUUGUCCUGUUUUAGUGUAGGUUGGUGGGCCAGUAAUCAUAGACUGACACUGUGAAGUGUGUAUGUGUGUGUCUGUGUGUCUCUGUCUUCGUUUUUUUUAAAAAAGAUUUUUAUGUUUUUUUGUCUUUUAGGACUUUAUUGAUGAUAGGACAGUUUGAGAGGUGGACAGGAAGCGAAUGGAGAGAGAGAUGGGGAGGGGUCGGUAAAGGACCGGGAAUCGAACCCGGGUCGGCCGCAUGGCAGACGAGUACCCUACCGGUUGGCCACGGCAGGGCCCUGUCUCCGGUUUUUGUAUGUGUGUGUGGAUGUGCACAAACCCCAAGGGGAGGCGGAUGUUUUGUAGCCAUAUAGGUUCAUCAUAACAAUACAAGCUUAAUCAACAAAGGAUGAUGUACAUGAUUAUCAUGGUGUGCAGUGCAUUGUUAGCACUGCUUGUACUGUAUGUCUACGUCUCCUUGAAGCUGUAUACUGUGUGUGUGUGUGUGUGUGUGCCCUGGGCUGGUUACAGACAAAGUGUUGUGCUUCAAGCAUUCUCAGCAUGUCAUAUUUGGCCACAUUUACAAAAUAAUUUAGUAAUUAAUUAUUAAUAAUAAUUAAAAAACAGAGGAAUGGAGGAAUUGAUGCUGCGAUGCUUGCACAUGCAGUGGAUCUUUCAGCUGUCCAGUCUAUUCCAGUCUGUCUGAUCUAGAGUCUGUCUGUGAACGGUUACAUACGAGUGCCAGUCUCCUGUAUCCUCACAACGGCAGGUAGCUAGGCCUGGAGCUGCUACCAUUUGGAUGCUCAAGAUUUAGGUUCCGGAACAUGUGCGCACACAGUGUUGAGGUUCCAAGGCUGUUGCCAUCAGCUUUCUUUUUGGAGUUAAAUGUAAUGGUUAAUGGUUAACCAUAGAUAUGAAGAAAAGCAAGAAAUGAAAUGAAUAAAAUAAUAUGAUCAUGACAGCAGUUCCCUGUUGGUGUUUUGGGUGUGCCUGCUUCAUUAGCACUCUGGCUUAUGUGGCAUGCAUGCGGUGUCUGCAGGUGAAUAAGGCCUGAUAAUCGUAUGGAGUAUUGAAUAUGAAGCAAGAGGGCUGUCCAUGUGCAACUGUAAUAGAUUAUCUUUUUUUUAUACCAGUAUAGAUGGUGGUGACUGAGUAUGUGAACUUACAACAUAGUGCUAUAAAAAAGGUUUAUUAAAGGUUAAUAUCUUGGAUGGUUGUCACUUCCUUCGUUUACAUGACAGUCUUAGUUCCGAAUUAACUCCAUUUAAUUCUGAAUAAAGAUUAAUUCCGCUUUGAAAACGUCAUGUAAAAACUUCUUAAUUCAGAAUUAAAUGAAAGAUCAAAGUAAAUUCGACUGAACUAUUUUAAUUCUGAAUUAUUGAUCCGGAAUUAAAAUUGUCAUGUAAACGUAGCAAUUGUCUAACGAGUGUGUAAUAUAUUCCUGGAUGAUUGAAGAAAAUAUCUGAACUGUACCUUGUACUCCUUGUACUGUAGUGACUGUUUUUCAUCGAAGUGUGAACGGCAUAGCUUUUAUAUUAUUGAGUUUAAACACUCAUAACAACUAACAGAGCCUCUUUGUUGCAUCAAACUACUUGGGUUUUCAAACUCAUCACAUAAUAAAUAAACAAACUACGAAGAAGGGAAGUAUGUCCGUCACCCCUUAGCUGUUGAUAUCUGGAAUGUUUGUCCAUUUGUCCAUGAUCACUACGUCAUAUAUUCCUGAAGAUCAUGUCAUUCAGGGAACUUAAAGUAUUUUUUCCAAAGAUUUUUUUUUAAUGAUUCUGGUCUUGGGAGUUGUUCAACAGUGGUGCGUCUGUGUCUGUAAUGUAUGCAUUGUGGGUGAAUGCUCCAACUGCUAUGUUCUAUCGUCAUGGUAAUCAUUGUCAAUAGGAUGCCAAUAACGCUGGAGGGUGUGACCAAACUGACCACAUUUUGUGAAUAUAACUGCAUUUUAUUGUCUGCUCACAGUGUGCAUUAAGUAAAAAAAACAAAAAAAGAUGUCGGAAUAUUCUUGUAUUAAAAUUAUUAAAAUAUUCAACCUAUA